AUGGCAAGUACCGGCCGACAGCAGACGCGUCAACACCGAGGCAAGUUCGAUGUCAACAAUGAUGGGUUCAUUACCCUGGGGGACCUCCGCAAGUUCUUUGAGAGCUCCUCGAAAGAAAGAUGUGGUCUCGAGUUUUCAAAGGUCCGUGUUUUGGACGACGAGCUGCAGCUCCUGGCAGAAGCCCUACACGGUGCACAGGCAGCCACGCCUCCACGGCCGCCGCCCAGCAUGCCUAGCCCUCCCGCCCCGCCAGAGCCAAGUGCUGCCGACAAAGCGUGGGUCAGCGUCUCGGUUCUCGGCGUUGUCGGCCGUUUCAGGCUCUAUGGGCUGCGGUCCCUGGAGCCGGAGGAACUCUUCUGGGCAUCCUUCCAGGCGCUUCUCUUCCGGCUUCCAGACCAGCCAGACGCCCAGCAGGUCCUGCGAAGCAGCUUUCUGCGGCUUCGCAAUGCCCAGGGAGACAUUGCAGCUGCGGACGUGCUGUCCGUUCUAGCAUCCUACGAGGUCCCUGCCAAUCAGUUGCCCUUGCGCAGUCUGCGGAGAGUGCUGCAAUGGCUCGGAGUCGAGGCUCGCAGCCUUGAGGAGGUAUUGCCAGCAGCACAGCUUCCGGGACCCGGGGAUGCCCAGGAGCCUGAGUUUCGGCUUCGCCUUCAGAAGCUGCGCAUCGUCUACCAGGACUUCGCGCAGCGCCUGGAGAAAGGCCUCGGCCGGGCACAACUGCAAUUGCGGCCUCCGGAGGCAUUGGCGGUGCCUGCCCCGCCCUCACAUCCGGUGGACUUCGAGGCUCGCUGCCAUGCGGCGCAGGCGCGCGAGUCGGCUGCCAACAGGCGGUGUGUGGUCCUGGAGCAGGAAGUUCGCACGAAGGAUCGCAUCGCAAAAGAGCUGCAGCGGCAGGUGGGAGAGCUGGACAGCUUGGUGGAGCGCUUGGAGUCCGAGCUCUAUGAAGAGCGUGGUAGCAAAGUGAAUCUGAUGGCACAGCUCAACGCCUCCGUGCCCAAGGCAGAGGUGGAUCCCAAGCUGCGGCAGCUGGAGGAGCUAAAGUUUCAGGUGGAACAGUCCAGCUUGGCACUGAAGCAGUCCAAGGAUUUGGCUCGCGUAUGUGCUGCUCAGGCUGAAAGCUACGAACAGCUCGUCAAGCGUCGGCAGCAAGAGGUGAGGCACCUGCAGGAGUCCGUGAAGAUGCUUCAAGCAGGUGAUGAGGUGGCCAACACUGUCGGCAAGCUGCAGUAUCGGCUUUUGCUGUCCCAGUGGGAGAAAGGCAAUAUACAGCGACAGCUGCAAACUGCCACCCAGGACCUGCGGCAAGCGCGGCGGGAGCUGUUGGAGAACGAGGAGCAGGUGGAGCAGGAGCGGCACGAGCACGACCAGACGGAGGAGCUUCUCCGGCAGCGGCUCACUGAGGCAUCCACGCAGGCUGCGCAGCUUGCGGAGCAGAGUGCGGCGGCGAUGCCGGUGGACAAGGCCAGGCAGCUGACCUCGCGCUUGGAGGAGAUCUCCAGCCGCAAGAUGGAGCUGGAGGAGCGUCUUUCCAAUGUCCGGUUGGAGCUUCUCCGAAAUCAGGCCGAGACAGACUCCUGCCGGCUCCGGGCACAACAGGCGCAGGAGCUGCUGGUGGAGCUGAAGGCCCUCGAUCCGGACUCGGAGGCGCCGAGACAGCGCCUUCUGGAUAUGGCGAAGAAGCUGGCGGAUUCCAAGCUCCAGGAGUUGCAGCACAAGCGCAGCUUGGAAAUCGUGAAGGAGCAGCAUCAACAGCUGGAGAAGGCACGGCAGGCAGAUGAAAAAGAGAUUCAGAAUCUUCAGCGGGAAGUGGCCAACGCCGAAUCCAAGCUUGCUGAUCAGGAGCAGCAGUGGCGUGCGAAAGUUCUCGAGGCGCAAGGCGCUGCUCCGGCGACCGCUGCCAUCCGACGAACCGGGCAGAUCAGCAUCGAAGCCUUGGAGGAGAUUCAGGGCAAAGUCUCUGAGAGGGAUGCCAGGAUUGCAGUGCUGGAGUCCGACCUCCAGAGGGCGAAGGCUGACCAGGAGAGCGCUGUGGCUGAGGAGCGCGGCAAGGUGCGCAAGCUGGAGCUGGAGUUGGGCUUGGUGGCUGAGGGGGACACGGCGAAGCUGCGCCAGGCCCUCCGUGCAGAGCACGAUUCAGAGGUCGCACAGAUCUCGCAGGCGGCGCAGGAGUCCGUGCAAACACUUCAGCAGCUCUUGGACCAGACGGAGGAGCAUCUGCAGCGGCAGCAGCAGGAGACUGGGCGCCUGCACCAGAGCCUCUCUGAGCAUCGAGCCAAGCAUACAGAGGAGACCAUGCAGCUGCAGCAAGAGAUUGCUGGACUACGACAAGAACUCUUGCAGGUCCGGCAUCACCAGCAAGCUGAUGUCGGUGCGUCAGCUCGGCUGUCGCCACUGCCCCCACCGCCCUUGGAUGAGAGUGCCCGGUUGGGGGACUCAAUCGGCUCCGAAGCCUUCGGUGGAAUGGCAGGUUUAGGCGAGCGCCUGGAUGAACAGAGGGAGCAGGUUGUGUCGCUGCACCACCGGCUAGAGCAGCAACAGGAAGAGUUCCAAAGCCUCCUGGAUCAGCAGCACCAAGAAGCUCGACGCAGAGAAGAGCAGCUGCGAGGCCGCGAAGAACGGCUCCAUCAGGAGUACCAGGCGAGAGAGCAGAGACUUCUGGACCUGCAGGAGGCACAGCGCCACCAAAGGGACCAAGAGUUGCUCCGCAUCAAGGAGGAGUUGGCCUCGCUACAGCACUCGGAGACCUCGGGUGCGAAUGAGGCACAUCAGCGGCUACACGAGCAGGUGGCAGAGGCGCAGAAGCAUGCAGACCUUGCGCUUCAGCACAACGCCAUGGCAGAGCAAAACCGGCUCUCAGCGGAGAGCUGGCAGCGCAAAGCUGAGGAGUUCGAGGCAGAACUUCAAAAGGAACGGCAGAAGCACCAGGAUUCCACCAUGCGGAAGCAGCAGGCUAGUCUCCGAAAGCAACUGGCCAAAAAGGAGGAGCAGCUUGGCAGCUUGCGAAAGGCUGUGGAGGAGUUGAAAGACCGCGUCGUGCAGCUGACCAUUCGAAACGAGAGUGAAGAACUUGAGUCUGGCAACGCUCGACGUGCCGAGUCGGAGGUGCGGAAGCGCAUCACUGGGCAGGAGGAAAAGGUGCAGACUCUGAAAGAUCAGGUGGUGCGCCUCUCCAAGCAGCUCCAGGAGCAAAAGGCGCAGGCAACCCACGAAGCAGCACGUGCAGGGGAGCUGGACUCCCGGGAGGCAGUUCUGGGGCAGCUUCUGGAGGCUGCUGCUGCCCAGCUGGCGGAAAAGGCGGCGGAAGCCCGACGCUUUGAGGAGCAGCUCGUGCGCCAAACGAGGCGGGCCACAGAGGCCGAGGAGGCACUUCGGGGUGAACGCGGCGUGGCCGAGGGUGAGGUGAAGAUUGCAAAGAAGGAGGGUCAGGCUGCCGCGGAGGCCAAUGCCCGCCGUGUUGGAGCCCUCCUCGAGCGUGUGGAAGUGCUCCAGGCUGAACGCUUGGAGCUUUCAGCCAAACUACACGGGGCAGAGGCGUCCUUGGCAUUGCUUCGCGGCGCUUCUCGUAGCGGCGCCCCUGUCGAGGCUGUAGCCAGCCUUGCAGAGGCGAAGGAGCGACUUCGGGGAGAACAACAUCUGCGACAGGCUCUUCAGGAGGAGGUGCGUGACCUCUCUGCUCAGCUGGAGAUGAUGGCCGGGGCCAGGGUGGAGCAGAAGACGCUCUCGUCUCCUUCGCCUUUGCAAGAGCUGACGUCGCAGGCUCUGGGCUCGCCACUGCACCAAGGAACGAGCCGGUCAGGGAGCCGCUCGCCGGCCUCACGCUCCCCGGUGCCACGGUCCUUGAAGCAGGCCAGCGAACUGGCAGCUCGCUGCGGGCAGCUUCAGGCGGAGGUGGCCUCAUUGAAAGCUCGUUCUUCGGUGCUCGAACAGGAGAACGACGACUUGAAGCUACGAGUAGCGUCUGAUGGCGACGCUAUGACAGCAUCGGCGUCUGCUGCGGAGAUCGACAUGCUCAAAGGCAGUUUGGAGAACGUCAAUGCCCAGAACCGCGCCCUCGCUACGGAAAUCGAGGCUGAACGCCUCCGGCACCGUGCGGUCUACCGAAAUCAGGGUGAAGAGGAGCUCCGGCGGCUGCAACAGCAGCUGAACCAGGCCUAUCAGAGUUUGGCCGCGGAGCGCCAGCGCAUAGGAGUGCUUUCCCAGGCGCUGGAGGUCGAGCGGCACAUGCGAGUGGCGCCCAACACCUCGGACAGUUCCAGUGCAGUGGCUUUGGCAACAGCUCGCGCAACGAUCGCAGACCUUCAACAACGACUGGACGAGGCAUUGAAGGCUCGCAUCCAGCUUCCAGCGGCCAGCCACCCUCGAGAGGCGGAGCUGGCUGCCCGGGUGGAGGAGCUCAUGCGGGAGAACACGCAGCUCCGUCGGCAGGUGGCGUCACCAGGGCGUGGGGCGUCCGUAGAGGUCCCACAACUCCAGGCACGCAUCCAGGAGCUGCUGCGCGAGAAUCUGGCACUGCAGCAGCGAGCUGCAGGAAGCAUAUCUCCAUUACCACCUGUGCCGGCAACUCCAGUGGCACCGCUCACGUCGGCCCCACCGGUGGCAGCUGUGCCCGUGGCAGCGACUGCGCCGUCGCCUGACACAGUGGCCCUCACUGCCUUGCAGCAGCAGGUGGCUCAACUUCAGGCACGAGUCCAAGAGCUUCUUCGCGAAAACCACGACAUCCAGCGCCGCCGCAGCCCAUCCCCGCCGCAGUCAGGCGACGCAGGGGCUCUGGCUGCCUCCAGACGCCAGGUUGAGGAGCUGCAGGCACGAUUGCAGGACGUCCUCCGCGAAAACUUGGAGCUCCAGCGCCGCAGCCAGUCUCCGAUUCCGGCUGGUGACGCAGCUGCUUUGGCUGCAGCAAGGCGUCAGAACGAGGAGCUUCAGGUGAAAGUGCAAGAGCUUCUCUGCGAGACCGAGCUCCUUCGACGCAGCCAGUCCCCCGCUCCAUCAGGUGAUGCCGCCGCCCUGGCCGGUGCCAGGCGUCAGAAUGAGGAGCUGCAGGGGCGUGUUCAAGAACUUCAGCGUGAGAACCAGGAGCUUCAGAGACGCGCCGCAGAUCCUGCUAGUGGUGCUUUGGCCUUGGCUGCAGCCAGACGCCAGAACGAGGAGCUGCAGGUGCGCGUGCAAGAACUUCUGCGUGAGAAUCUGGAGCUGCAGCGUCCACAGGGUCCACAGGGCCCGCCGCCACCUCCGGGCGACAACGCCAGCGCCUUAGCGGCGGCCAGGGGCGAGAACGAGGAGCUCCAGGCGCGUGUUCAAGAACUCCAACGUGAAAAUCUUGCGCUCCAGCAGCAGAGCCAAGCCCCACCGCCUCCCGUUCCAGAUAAUUUCGGUGCCUUCGACCUUGUCCUGGGCGCAGCCAAACGCCAAAACGAGGAGCUGGAGGCGCGAGUGCAAGAGCUCGUCCGUGAGAACUUGCAUCUUCAGCAGCGCAGCCCUUCACCUCCAGGUGUCUCAGGUGAAGCAGCGCUCAGGCGCCAGAACGAGGAGCUCCAGGCACGAGUGCAAGGAGUCCUUCGUGACAAUCUGGAGCUGCAGCGGCGAAGCCCCUCCCCUCCUGGCGCUGUCCUUUCAGAAGGUGACGUUCUGGCUGCUGCCCAGCAAAAGAAUGAAGAUCUUCAGGUGCGCUGCCUGGACCUGAUUCAAGAAAAUGAUGCCCUGCGGCAACAGCUGCAGGAAAGGGGCCUCAGCCCUUCGCCGCGACGGGAUCUCUCACCCCAGCGACCCUCGCGGCGACCCGCCGCCGAGGCGCUUCGCUCGGCGCUGCAGCAGAAGGAGCUGAGCCUGGUGCAGCUGCUGACCGAUCUGGACCCGCAGAUGCAUGGCAAGGUUUCCUUCGAAGCCUUUCGACUGGCAUGCAAUCGGCACCGAUUGCCUCUGCAGGCCGAGGACUUUGCCAAGCUGGCCGGUGCUCUCAAUCUGGACAAGCGAGGCUUCUUUGCCAAGGAGGACCUCCUGCGAGCCUUUCGCAGUGCGGAGGUGGUGCGAAGUGCUCCUGCAUCUUCCUCGGCUGCGUCGCGUGGUCGAAAGGCUGCAGAGGGCCCCGGCACACAAGGCCGUGGUGGCUCGCGAGAGGCUGCACCGCCUAGCGCUGUUGGUGCCGUGGAGGCGAAGCAUCGUAGACAGCUGGAACACCUGGAGUCCAGGCUCUUCCAGUCUGAGGAGGAGAAGCGGGGCUUGCAGCAGGAGCUGGAAGCUUUACGCCGGGAGGACACAGCUCGCGAAGAAGCUCUUCAAAAGCCCAGGGCUUUAUCCGUCCUACUCUCCGCUGGUGACGCAGCACCUCCGAUCAUCAAGGAGCUCAAGCUGGAAGUCAAAGGAACCCGUGAGCUCCGCGACAAGCUUUACAAUGCAGAGAUGCAGCUGGAAAGCUACAAGCGAAGACUGGAGGUGGAUGCCCGCCAGGAGCUGGAGAAGGAGCGGCACGUGGUGAAGCAACUGCAGGCCGAACUCGAGGAGAAGGAGCGCACGGUUGCCGAGCUCAUUUUUGACCUUCGGCGAGCCAGGAAUGCCUCCAGUGAGGGCGACUGGGCCCAACGAGAGGAGGAGUACAUGCGACUCGACCUGCAGCUGCGAAAGCUGGAAGGAGAGCUGGCUUCCUCUCGUCGCGCGGAGCGGGACAUGGCAGAUAGGCUGCUCCAAGCCGAGCAUGUGGCCAUGGAGCUACGCUUCGACCGGGAGCAGGUCCACCUCCGGAGUUCUAGACUGGAAAGCCGGAUACUGGAGUUGGAGCUGCUGACCGGUGGGGACUCGCCAAGGCAGCGCCAUUCUCCGCUGAAGACGGGUGCAGGUGCAGCGGCGGCCAACCUGCAGAGCCGGAAGGAGCGCAAUCUGGAAAAUGUGAUCGAGGGGCUUGAGCGUGUCGUCAACCAGCAGAAAGCAGAGAACCAGCGGCUCAAGGUCGCGCUUGACAGGCGUCCUGACGAGCGGAGGGGUCGAGGGCGCGCAGAGGUAGAGAGGCUCCGGAAGCGUGUGGAGGAGCUGGAAUCAGCCCUGCCUCGCAGACAGGACAGCCAUCAGCCACCGGAAGGUCCUGCUCUGGAAGCCUAUCGACGCGAGCUUGCUGCAAAGGAGGAGGUCAUCCUGAAGUUGCAGGAGAGGCUCCGUGAGGGACCGUCAGCGGAGCCCCCGGAGAUGAAGAGAUUGCUGCAGGAGCUAUCCGAGCUGCGGCAGGCCAGAAGCGAGGAUGGCCAGGCCCUCGAUGAGGCGCAGCGUGCCCUGCAGGAGGCAGAGAUGACGGAGAAGCGCUACUUGGAGGUGGUGCGCGAAAACCGCAAGCUUCGACAGGACCUGUCUGCAUUGGAAGAUGAUGGCUUCUGGAAGGAGAUCGAAUCUCUCCAGGCUCGCAACCAGGAGGCCGUCAGCCUCGCGAAAGAGAGCCAUGAGGUUCUGUUGCGGUGCGGGGCACAUGCCGGAGUGGAUAUCUCGUCUCUGGCAGCUCGUCUUGAGACCUUUGCUGCCGCCGGCUGA